CUGAAAAAACCCUUGCGCCGCUGAGCUGAGUCUCCUUCCUUUCUCCCGUCGCCUCCGCCUCCGCCUUCAGUUUAGCCUCCAAGCAGGGGCGCCGCGCGGGGUAUUCUGUCCGUCGUUGAGGGUAGAGAGUCACUUGCACCGGGGGAGCGGAGAUGAAGCCGGUUGUGGGGAUCGUGGUGUCGAACAAGAUGCAGAAGUCGGUGGUGGUUGCAGUGGACCGUCUCUUCCACAACAAGGUAUACAACCGCUACGUCAAGCGCACCUCCAAGUUCAUGGCACACGACGAUGACGACUCCUGCAACAUUGGCGACCGGGUUAGGCUGGAUCCUUCUAGGCCCUUGAGCAGACACAAGCACUGGGUUGUUGCUGAAAUUCUCCGCAGAGCUAAGGUGUACGUUCCACCAGCUGCAACAGCGUCCAGUGAACGUGGUAGCAAAUCUCAACAAGCUGGUGGUGCUACCAAAUGAUCCAUCUGAAGUUACUCAGAACAAGAUGCAGUCACGGCUUGUUUUUCUUUCGCUGUAUGUUUGUUUCCUUGUGGAAUGUGGUUGCCAUGUUUAGCAUGGGAGAAAAAAUAGCAAGCAGCCAGCAUCUUUGCUUAAUUACUGUUGUUCUUCUGUGGUGUCCUUCGUUUAACGGUACUAGCCAUUAAGGAUGUAGUUACCAGAUUCAACAAGACCAAUGGAUUCAUAUUGUAUUGGUUCACUUCCGAUA